AUGGGGGAAUUUUACGCAUCAGCACAGUAUGUGGUGACCUGUGAGGCACCCAGCCCCAGAGACCAGGGUGGCCAGCGGCCAGGGAACAACCACAACUUCCAGAGACCCCAUGUGGUCACAGGGAAGGGCCUCAGCCAGGAAGCCGAGCAAGAAGCUCAGACCAUCCAUGAAGAGAAUGUAGCAAGACUGCAAGCCAUGACUCCUGGCGAGAUCCUGCAGGAGCAGCAGCAGCUCCUAGCUCAGCUUGACCCUAGCUUGGUUGCCUUCCUGAGAUCCUGUGGCCGUACCCAUGAGCAAGCAGGAGAAAAAGCCACCAAGGAGCAGAAGCCAGGAGGACUGUUGAUUGAUGUCUCUGAAGAGGAGCCCAUGAUAUCGGCCCUUGCCAAUGAACCCAGGAAGGAAGAGAAGCUGGAGCCAGGGGCCCCAGAUGUGGCCCUGCCCAUGACCCCCCAUAAAGAAUGGCUCCACAUGGACGCUGUGGAGCUGGAGAAGCUCCACUGGACCCAGGAUCUGCCCCCACUCCGGCGGCAGCAGACCCAGGAGAGAAUGCAGGCCCGAUUUAGUCUUCAGGGCGAGCUCCUGGCCCCUGACGUGGACCUGCCCACGCAUCUGGGGCUGCACCACCAUGGAGAGGAGGCGGAGAGAGCAGGGUACUCCUUACAGGAGCUGUUCCACCUGACCCGAAGCCAGGUGUCCCAACAGAGAGCGCUUGCCCUGCAUGUGUUGUCCCAGGUCAUUGGCAGGGCCCAGGCUGGCGAGUUUGGGGACCAGCUGGUGGGCAGUGUCUUACGGCUGCUUUUGGAUGCUGGCUUCCUCUUCCUGCUGCGUUUCUCCUUGGAUGACAGAGUGGAUGGAGUUAUCGCAGCUGCCAUCCGGGCUCUUCGGGCUCUGCUGGUGGCUCCCGGAGAUGAGGAGCUCCUGGACAGCACCUUCUCUUGGUAUCACGGAACUUCGGUGUUCCCCCUCAUGCCCAGCCAGGAGGACAAGGAGGAGGAUGGCGAGGAUGAAGAGCCCGCAACAGAAAAGGCAAAACCGAAGAGCCCCGAGGAGGGAACCCGACCUCCGCCUGACCUGGCCCGACAUGACGUCAUCAAGGGCCUCCUGGCUACCAACUUGCUGCCUCGGCUGCGCUAUGUGCUAGAGGUGACCUGCCCAGGGCCCUCUGUGGUCCUUGACAUCCUGGCUGUGCUCAUUCGCCUGGCCCGCCAUUCCCUGGAGUCUGCCACGAGGGUCCUGGAGUGCCCUCGGCUGAUAGAAACCAUAAUUCGAGAGUUCCUGCCUACCAGCUGGUCCCCUGUAGUGGCGGGGCCCACCUCCAGUCUACACAGAGUACCCUGUGCUGCUGCCAUGAAACUACUUAGAGUCUUGGCCUCGGCUGGUAGGAAUAUUGCUGCCCGGCUGUUGAGCAGCUUUGAUCUCCGGAGCCGCCUGUGCCGCUUCAUAGCAGAAGCUCCUCAAGAACUGGCCUUGCCCCCCGAGGAAGCUGAGAUGCUGAGCACGGAGGCCUAUCGCCUGUGGGCUGUGGCUGCCUCCUACGGCCACGGUGGUGACCUUUACAGGGAGUUGUACCCGGUGCUCAUGAGGGCCUUGCAGGCUGUGCCGCUGGAGCUCAGCAUCCACCCCCUGCCAUCCCUGCCCGUGCACCGGGCGGCCUCGCUGCUCACCCUCCUCACCCAGCUCACUCUAGCAGCCAGCGGCACCCACUCUGAGCCCACCAGGGACUCCGCCGAUGCCCAUGAGCCAGCCGCCGCUUCCUCCAUCACGUGGACGCAGGUAUCUGGACUCCAGCCUCUCGUGGAGCCAUGUCUAAGACAGACCUUGAAACUGCUGCCCACGCCUGAUAGGUGGAGUGCCCUGGGCCCGGUGCCCACCGCCUGCCUGCUGUUCCUGAGUGCCUACUACCAGGCCUGGAGCCAGCAACCAAACUUGUGCCCCGAGGAUUGGCUUCAGGACAUGGAGCGCCUGUCCCAGGAGCUGUUGCUGCCACUGCUGAGUCAGCCCACCCUGGACAGCCUGUGGGACUCCGUCAGGCACUGCUCUCCUGUCUGCAACCCACUGUCCUGUGCUCCCGCUGCCGAAGUUCUCUCCAGCCUCGUGGCGCUGGGCUGCCCCGGAGGCUGUCCCCCACGCAGUCUGGCUGGGUCAGCCUCCCCCUUCCCAUUCCUCACUGCCCUCCUCCAUCUCGCCAACACCUUGGCCCGGACCCACAAGGGACUAUGUGGCCAGCUGGCAUCUGUAUUGGCUGCCCCCGGACUCCAGAGCUACUUCCUCCAGUGUGUGGCUCCUGGCGCUGCCCCCCACCCCACACCCUUCUCUGCCUGGGCCUUCCGCCAUGAGCAUCACCUGCAGUACCUGGCCAUUUCCCUGGCCCAGAGAGCGGCAAUGCUGCAGCCACCACCGGCCACCAAUGCGGCCCUCUUUCAUGCCAUGGCCUUGGCCCUGCUGAGCCGCCUGCUGCCUGGAAGUGAGUACAUCGCCCAGGAGCUUCUGCUGAGCUGUGUGUUCCGGGUGGAGUUCCUCCCGGAAGGUGCAGCAGGGGGGCCAGAGGCAGCUGACCUGGCUGAUGGACUGUCCCUGGGGAGCGGCGGGGAUGCCCGGUGUGGGCGAGGGGCUCUCCUCAUUCAGGCCUGCCAGGACCUCCCCAGCAUCCGCAGCUGCUACCUGACCCACUGCUCUCCGCCCCGCGCCGGCCUGCUGGCCUCCCAGGCCCGUCACCGAGGAGAGACGCAGCGAGUCCCAGCCCUGUUGCUGCCUGUGCCUACGGAGUCGUUGCUGCCCACCGACUGGCCCUUCCAGCCUUUGAUUCAUCUCUACCACAGGGCUUCAGAGACUCCCUCGGGGCUCCCUCCGGCUGACGCGGUGGGCAUAGCCACGCGCGUCCUGCAGUGGGUGCUCGUUCUGGACAGCUGGCGUCCCGAGGCCUUAUGCACAGUACCUCCCGCUGCCCGCCUGGCACGGCUCAUGUGCUUGUUCCUGGUGGACAGUGAGCUGUUCCGAGAGACCCCAGUACAGCGUCUCGUGGCAGCCCUUCUAGCUCGCCUCUGUCGGCCCCAAGUCUUGCCGAGCCUCAACCUGGACUGCCCGCUUCCUGGUCUGACGUCUUUCCCCGACCUCUACGCCAGCUUCCUGGACCAUUUUGAAUCCGUGUCUUUUGGGGACCACCUGUUUGGAGCUCUGGUCCUCCUUCCUCUGCAGCGCCGGUUCAGUGUCACCUUGCGCCUCUCCCUCUUUGGGGAUCACGUGGGAGCCUUGCGAGCUCUGGGCACGCCCCUGACCCAGUUGCCUGUGCCCCUGGAGUGCUACACAGCACCACCCGAAGACAACCUGGCCCUCCUUCAGCUCUACUUCCGGGCCCUGGUCACUGGUGCCCUCCGAUCACAUUGGUGCCCCGUGCUCUACACCGUGGCUGUGGCUCAUGUCAAUAAUUUCAUGUUCUCUCAGGACCCAAAGAGUUCAGAUGAGGUGAAGGGUGCUCAGAAGAAUAUGCUGCAGAAAACUUCUCUGCUGGCAGAUGAGGCUCUCCGGCAGCACCUCCUCCACUAUAAGCUCCCCAGCCCCAGCCUCCCGCAGGGCUUUGAGCUGUAUUCACAGCUGCCCCCUCUGAGGCAGCAGCACCUCGAGAGACUGACCUCGGGGCUUCUCCAGAGUAGAGUACCAGAGACCUAGCACAGUUGCUGCAGGUGGAAAGAGGGAUGCAUCUUUCUGAAGCUCCGCACUGGACACUUGGACAAAGAGAAGAGCAUCGAGUCCUAGAGAAGGCGGGACAAAAGAGCGCACGGCAUGCCUGCCUUCCCUAGAGCACCUUGUUGGAGAUUCUGUGGAACAGAACGAGCCUUACUGUUCUCCUGAUCUGGAACUCGGCAUCUGGGGCCUCGGGUCUGUGCUAGGAGUGAGAGGUGACUUAGCUAGGUACCCCCUCUUGGGGACAAGAAAAUCUAAGCACCUCCAACCUCCCACUGAAGGCCAGAAUGCUGCAUACUGAAAUAAAUUCUUUUUCAGUCUGGUGGCUGAUCUGGA